AUGCAGGGGGAUCCGCGGCGUCCCUACCCCCAUCCAGAAGAAAUACGACGGGGGUAUUUGGGUCAUCUGGACGACAAUGGCCAGUUCCGCCCUUCUGUACUAGAAGCAUUGGCAGAAACAGCUGCGACGGCCGCUAACCUUGCGAAUUCAUCCACCCCAUCGACCAUCUCCAACAGCGGCACUAUCCCUGCUUCCGUAGUGUCUGUGAGCAAUGCUACUCAUGCGGUAUUCACGUCCGGUUCGGGUUCAAUCAGUGGUUCACACAGCAUGGAUACAUCAACACUUUCUGGGUCCCCCAGCAUGAUCCUACCGGGUGUGAACAUGGUGUCAUCUCCUUUGAUCACAACACAAAAUAGUGCGAUCCACUGGAGUGGUACUGGCCCUUUGAAUAGCACGGAAGUCACGAACACUCCACCUGGGCUUUCCAGACCGACAUCUUUGGCCGCCAUGCUUGAGCCGCAUUCCCGCGCUAAUAUAGCUCCACCUCCCGCACGCAGUGGGCCAUCAGAAAACCCUGCUCCACCUGGAAGUAACUCAAUCAAUAACAAAGGGAACUGCAGUCUCCCCCGAGCACCGGUCCCCGGUGGACAUAUCUUCGCGGCCACUUUAUCACCCGGUUCAACUUCUACGUCACAGCAAGCCGCACAAGCUGAUGUCGCUGGCCAAGGCUUAUCUUUCAAGACAGGCUCAAUGCUGCACGUCAGGAACAAACGGAGAAUUGAGGAUCUCGAAGCGAUGACCUCUGGUUCUUCUUCAGAAUCUUCUAAUGGGGAGGACUGA